CGAACCCAUCGCAGCAUCCACUGCUGAUGUCAGACUCCAGUGAUGUCGACCCUCCUCAGCAUCAGCAUCACCUCCAUGGCUGUUCUUCACAGAGUUGACUGAUGAUGGCUCUGUUCGGCAGAGGAGAGCUUGGACUGCUGGGAGGGGGAGAGGGACUGAGAGACGAUGUGGGUGGAGCUAGGAUCAGCUGCUCCCCCAGUCCACUGCCAGGGGACAUUUACCCAGCAUCAGGAUUGGCCCUGGCCGCCGCCUAUCAUGAUAUUAAGAUGCGUCUGGCCAGUCUGGAGAGGGAGAACAGCAGCAUCAAGAGGAAACUCAAAAACUAUGAGGUCAAGUUUCCGGUGAUUUGUGAUUUUGGCGAGGAGAAGAUACCGUGUUGUUCCUGUGAGCCCAUCAUCAAGGACACCAGCACAAUCCAAUCAGACAACACCGAUUUACAGCAAAAGAUUAGCUCUCUGACGCAGGAGCUACAAAAGAGUAAAGAGAGAGAGGAGAGAUUGGAGGAUGUUAUCCAGGCCUACGAGAAAAUCCAUCUGGAGAAAAGCAACGUCCAGAGAGACCUGGACAAGAUGACCACACUGGCAGAGCAGCAUGUGGAGCGGAUCCGGAGUCUGGAGUCGGCUCUCAGACAGAGAGAGACGUCCUUACAUAAACUCAGUGCUCAGCUCUGCAGCAAAGAUGCACAUCAGACCCCGCUGCACACCAGCCUGGACGUUCCCAGAGAGGGACGUGGGCCGACACUUCAGAGUUCACGCAGUCUGGAUGCACUGUCAGACCUGAAACUACAGAGACUGGAGGCGGAGCUAGAGGGGGCGCGGCACCAGGCCCAGGGGGCGUGUCAGCGGGAGAAGGAGCUGAGGGUGGAGCUUCAGAGACUGCAGCAGGAGGUCGUCCAACUGCAGGAAAGACAGUCACAGGAGUUGGCCUCGCAUUGUGAGCACUGUGAUGUGGAAUGGAUAAAGAAAGCUGGAGAUGAGCAGGUGAACCUAGCAUUAGCGUACACAGAGCUCACAGAGGAGCUGGGCCGUGUUUGCAAUCUAGCUGGAAAACAGAGUGACCUCCUGCGACAUUCCUCACGGGAACCUGUGCCUCAUCCUCCCCUGACUCCUCAGCAUCUCUCCCCUCCCUCCCCUCAGUGUAGCCCCUCCCUGUCUCCUGACAGGCUCCUCCCCACCCCCUCCCCUCCACUGUCUCCAAACGAUGGCCCUGCGUCCUACUCUUACCAACCAACCAGCAGCCGCCUACGAGCAAAGUUCCAGGGUCGCCGUAGUUACUCUGAGGUGUCUGAUCCAUCAGCCAUCCAGAGGCCCAUGGCUCGUUGGAUGAGAGACCCAGUAUCCACCCUCCCCAAACCCAGAUCACUCUUGGGGGAGACACAGAGUUACAGCCAAACCAAACCUCAGUUGCAUACCUCUCUGGUGGGCCUGGUUCGACCAGCCUCAGCACACGGAGGAGAGAGAAGAGGAAAUGGAGGAGGGGAGAGAGCCGGGGGCAGCAGUCUGAGCAGCAGUCCUCAUCACCGUCCUUUGGACCUGGGCUUUUCUUUGGCCACUGAAGUACAUCGCUUCUGUCGCCGAGAUGAUCCACCUGAGCCCACCCCACUGGUGACACCACCACAGUCUUCAGAUGAUGAAGAGGAUGUAUGUACUGGUAUGUAUCUGUCACCGGCCGCCAGCCCACCUCGUACACUUGGUGCAGUUGGCUCAUUGUCACCUAGAGAACAGCCCCUCCACCCUGUAUUCCAGUCUCCUAGGAAACAGCCACACCAUCCAUCUUUCUCAGCCCCUGAGGGCCCUACAACCCUCUCCUGCCAUCUGCCUCGCUAUAUGAACACAGAGCAUGCUCAGUCCUGGCCUUCCAUUAAUUUAUGGAUGGAGUCAGAAGAGAAUACAGUUCGUAGCUGUCCCCUGUGUCAGCUGACCUUCCCUACUGGUUACCCUGACGACGCCCUCAUCAAACACAUUGACUCCCACCUGGAGAACAGCAAGAUCUAAAUUUUCUAUUAUGCAUUGUGAACUUAUUUUAACGCUGUACGAAUUCCAGAUGGAAUGCAAUAUGGCCUCACCUUCCAGUACAAGGGUCAAAGGAAACUCUUGUGUUCUUCCAUCAAGACUGACCUUUAGGUUCCAAAUGUCCAGGAUGUAAAUCUUUUCACUUUUGCUCAUCAAGGACUCAUUGCCUAAUUCUUUCUCACAAAAUGUUGUAUCAGCAAUUUAGCGUGGCUGCUACUUUGAUCAAAAGUUUCUUCUUUUUCUCUUUUUUCCAAACAAACUUUUCAUUUGUACAUAGAUGUGAGUGGUCAAGAACAGGUGCCAGCUGCUCCACUGGUCGACCUGAACAUGAAAACAUACCAGCCAACACAUGUUAAGUCAGAACAGAACAUGCCUGAAACAUGCAACAAAUCAUCUGGUUCUCACUGCUGUAAUGUCUGAUUCUGUGUGACAACUGUAAUUUUCUGGACUUGAGAUGAAAGAUUUCUAUGGUAAAAUAUUCAAGAUAAAAACUGCCAAAUUACACAUUUUAGUUAGUAACACUUUUACAAACAUAAGAAAUUAUGAUAAACGUAGAAUUUAAUAACCAUUCUUGAAAUAAAACUCAGUCCACACAACAGCAUGAGUAGUACGCCUAUCAGUAAGUGGAUAGAAUGUCAUGACUAGAAGAGCACCAAAAUGACUGAUAUGCAAACUCAAAAGGGUGAAAUGCUCAAAAAGUAAAACUGUUAAACUGAAAAAAUAAGCAAAAAGCAUUUAUUGGCAUCUACUAAUGAACGUGCCUUGGUUAAAUCACAUUUUUUAUUAUGAAAAUAUUUAUGAAAGCCCAUUCUGGCCAUUUUUAGUUACAUUU